AUGCGCAUUCUUACCUGGAAUAUUAACGGUGUUCGAACAGUACCACAAUACCACCCUUGGAAUUCAUUCAAGACAUGGGACGGUGUGUUGAAGGAGCUGGGAGCAGACAUAAUAUGCUUUCAAGAGAUGAAGACUACACGCGCCGCCAUCGGCCGUAACUUUGCUCUUCCCGACUCAUUCGACGCGUUCUUCUCCUUUCCUACGUCACGCGGAGGUUACAGCGGCGUUGCUGUAUACAUCAACCCCGCUACAGCAUUACCUAUAAGAGCGGAAGAGGGUCUAUCUGGGAGAAUUCAGCCCAAGCCUGCGUUGCGUCCCGAGGAGCGCAUCUCAACAGCAUACCCUCUAGCACACGAAAUGGACCUCAUGCCUUCACUCGAAGGGGAGACUCCAUCUGAUCUUCUCGGUCUGGACUCCGAAGGUCGCGCUCUAGUCGUCGAUUUCGGGCUGUUCGUCUUGGUUAACCUCUACUGUCCUAAUGAGACUGACGACGCUCGUCUGCCUUUCAAGAUGAACUAUCACUACAUGCUCGAGGAACGCGUAAAGAAACUUGUGGCCGACGGGCGCGAGGUCAUCGUGACCGGUGAUAUCAACAUAUGUUCUCAACCCAUCGAUCAUUGCGACGGUCACCUGCCGAGUAACGCUGCCACAUUCUGGGACCACCCUGCCCGCAAGUGGUUACGAGACUGGCUCGAACCUCACGGGCCCAUGGUUGAUGUUACCCGUCGGUUCUGGCCUGAUCGUAAGGGCAUGUAUACCUGUUGGAAUCAAAAGAUCAUGGCAAGGGCGACCAACUACGGGACACGCAUCGACUACUUUCUGGUUACAAAGGGCCUGUUACCUUGGAUAAAGCAUAGCGAUAUCCAACCGUCUAUCAAGGGAUCAGACCAUUGUCCGGUAUUCAUUGACUUGCACGAUGAAAUCACUCUUGAGUCCGGCGAGAAAGUCACUCUUCGGCACGCUAUGCACAUGGACGACGGUCGCUCAGAGACUCCACGCAUCGCGAGUAAGAACUGGCCUGAGCUCCAAGGAAAGCAGACGCUCAUGUCGAGUUUCUUCACGAAACCGAAGCCCUCAGCACGGGUUCCCAGUACGCCAGGGACUUCCUCCGUGAAGAGCGACCCACCAUCCAGUCCUGCCGCGACACAGUCUGCAUUGACGUCUGCUUUUGAGGCACUUGAGUCGAUUGAUGAGCCCACACCGGCACCAUCGGCUGCUCAAUCAGACAUACUUGUCGCGGACAUAUCUUCCGGUGCAUCGGAAGGUGUAUCAAGUCAGAUGCCCGAUCGUGCCAGUGUGGCCGAACCCAUACCUUCUCAGUCGAAAGCUACUCCCUCCAGCCCUUCUACCCCUACGGCCUCCCAAGGACUUCGACCAGGGACUCGAAAACGCACGCGAGAAGAGCCGAUCGCGGCGUCGUCGUCGAAGGCGAAGAAGGCGAAGAAUGGACAAGUUAAACUAUCAUCCUUCUUCUCGAAGCCUGCAUCCUCGCCGCCUCCUGACGCUGAGGUUCUGGACGUCGAUGCGUUGGCAUCCUCGCAACAGGACGCGGAUUACAAGCUGGCUUUGGAACUUGCUGCCACACAAGAUGCCGAGCACUUACCUAGCUCUCAGGGCUCAACAUCGUCGCAGGGCAAGGAGGCUUGGUCGAGUCUUUUUGCUCCUGUACAGCCGCCCAAGUGCCACGUGCACGGCGAGGUCGCGAAAGAGUUUCGCGUCAACAAGCCAGGUCCCAAUAAGGGCAAGGUCUUCUACGUUUGUUCAAGACCGGUCGGGCCAGGGUAUGACAAAGGUCGGGGUGAGCGGCUUCGUGAGGAAGUCGACCACCAAUAUAAAUGUGACUUUUUCAAGUGGCAAAGCGACGUCAAGCGCGCCGCUUUGCGCGAGUCGAAGAAGGCAUAG